AGCCCUGCGCGGCCGCUCGCUGACACUCCUCCUCCUCGGAGCGGCGUCCUGGCUGGCGGAGCUCAGAGCGGAGCAGACUGAAGUGAGCAGCUCCGCGCCUCUGAUGUCCAGAAAUGUGCGCAGGCUGCGGGACGAGGCGCAUCCGUGUGUGAAGCGUCCGCGUCCACGUUACCGUCAGCGCCCAACGCAGAGCCGCGAGGAGCGAGCGGAGCCACUUCACCUCAGCCGCUCACUGAAGACUGCGCUUCGGUUUAGUCCUCCUCCGGCGAGGCCCUGACUAAUCAUCCGAAGGUGUCAAGCUGCUACGUGUCCGAUGUCCUCGUUUCCCACAUUGUGAUGCAUCAUGGCUCCGGUGCUGAGUGGAGUGUGGUGGGGCCCUGAGGCGGGCGUCGUCGGGUCGGGGGCGGCAGCCGCUACCGGGGCGGCGUCCUGGCUCGGCAACGAGCAGCUAGUCCUGGUGGUGACGCUCAGCACCCUCACCGUGCUGCUGCUGGUGUCAGUGCUGCUGAUGCUGUGCGCCAGCUGCCAGGGGCAGAAGAAAGCUGUCAACGGACAUCCUGUAGGAGACCAUGACAACCUCAUCAAUGGAGUGUCAGAGAAGGAAACCAUCAGCCAGUCUGCAGACAGCCCCGCGACGGAUGUGGCCGUCAGCAGCUCCCACAAUGGUCCUCUAACCAGCGGUACAAUCCUCACAGACACACAGGACACCAGUCCCCAGCCGUCAGAGGAGCUGCUCUCCAGCCAAUCGGAGCUCAGGUCCUCCAAGUGUCCUCAGGACCGCGAGCUUCCCAGCAUUCCUCCCAACAGUAGCCUUAUCGGGGACGGACCCCCAACCUCAGGGGACAGCACGUAUGAGGUGGUCAAGGAGAUCGCGGUGACGUCACGUGACAACAGCGUUGAAGACUCCCUGUAUGAGACUGUGAAGGAGCUCAAGGAUCCGUCGGUGCAGCUCGGCCUCCCCAACGGUACCGUCCAGCCGAGCCCCGACAGGGCCCCCCGCCCUCCCCCCGCCCUGCUCAACGGCCACAUCAGCCCCUGCACGCCUGAGCGGGGGCCCCUGUGCGCCGGCGUGGAGUACGCGUCCGUGGACCUGAGGAAGAAGAGCCGCCACAGCGCCGACAUGGACGCCAAGAGGCGCUCGGACGGGCCCCGCGCCGCCUCCCGAAGGCCCGCGGAGGAGGCGGAGGACGACCCGCCGCCGCCCGUCCCCGAGAAGGUCCUGGACGAGAACGACAACCAGCCGGUCACGAACGGAGCGACCAUGGGGGCUGAGCUGCACAACGGAGAGUUACACUCCCCUCUGUCUCCCGCACCGAGGUUCAGCAGCCACGUUCUGUCAGACAAUGAGUCAGCGGUGUACUCCACAGUCAACAAAACAGACUGCGUCCACGCCGCAAGUGAAGAAGACAAGGAGCACGACUACAGCAGCAUCGCGGAGAUCAAAGGCCUCAUCCCGACCUCCUCCUCCUGCGACCUGUACGCCACCGUCCGAGACAUCUACACCGAGCCCCAUGAGCCGCAACCGAGGCUCAACCCGGGCUUGGACACCACAGACCCCGGCUACGAAACCAUUCGCAUUCCAAAGACUAAUAACUCCGAUGAUAAUCACAGGGCGGGGCUGGGGGCGGGGGGGUCCGAUGCUACUGCAGCGGAGCCCGACUACGAGAGCGUCGGGGAUCUGGGCCUGGGCCACGAAUUGUCCCGUCUCUGAGUUCAGUUGCAGGUCGGGAAAAUGACUCGCGCAGCAUCAAUCAUUAAUUCCUGAACAUCCAUUACAGCCUGGGUACGCUUUGGCAAAUCUCAACUUUUAACCUAUAAACAGCAAAGCAGGGUGACAUUUAUUGGUACUGAGAGGCCUGGACUGUAAAAAACAAGGUGUGAUACCUCAGUCACAGCGUAAAUCAAGAGUGUAGAUUUGUCAAAUAAAUAACAAAUCACAACAAACCAACACACAUGGAGCUAAGGACACAGACCUAGAGAAUUCAGUGCCAUACCCAUGAAAUUCAUGCACUUGCCGUACAUAUGAAGGGGACAUUGUUUGUUUGCCACAUCAGCAGCUACUAGUGACUUUCUAGCUUUUCCAGGGGGUUCUUUGUUGCGUUUUAUUAAGGUUUGUAAUGAUGUAUUUCAAGUAAGUUCCUUAUUGGGUAUUGCAUCUCCACUAAGCAUCCUCUGCUUGAAAACCCUGUGAAUGUGUUUGUGGCAUUGAGAGCAACUAGACUGUUGCAUGUGUAUGUGUGUGUGUGCGCGCGUGUGCGUGUGCGUGUGUGUGUGUGUGUGUGUGUGUGUGUGUGUGUGUGUGUGUGGGUUCAACAUGUUACAGGUCACAUGAUCUGCAGAACCAAAAUGUAAACAAGCUUGUGUCACAGGACAUUUUACAGUGUGUUUGAACAUUUUUCUGUGUAAUUCAUAUUUAUUUUAAGAAGAUUAAUGUUGUGGAUUUGUGAAUUGUUUCAGAUUAUAUCAGUGAGAGAAAAGCAAAUAGGGUUUUAUAGAAGUUUCUAGCAAUUUACCGAAUUAAAUGAAAGUUGGUUGUGAACUAAUGACCACUGUAAAGGUACGCUGUCCCUUAAAAGAGUUCAGUGCUUAAAAAAUGCACAACUCCAUAUUUACCUAUUUUGCACAUGGUUUAAAACAAACUUCAAGUCAUACAUUUACACAACAAACUUGUAUUAUUCAUGCAAAUAGACUUUGUUUGUUUUUUGUUGAUGUUUUUGAAGCCUAUUCUUGGUACAGUCUUCAGCUGCCAUGUCAGAUGACUUUAAAGCACAGGGUUUAAUAUUAUGGUACAGCAUUGAUUUACAUUGUAUGAAGAAGCUUUAGAAGUGACCAGUUAUCUGCACAGAUUCAAUAUGUAAUGCUUUUUAAUUUGCUAAUAGCACUCAGACAUAUCAGUCUGUAGUCUGUACUGAUGAUUUACCAACAAAGGCUUGUAUAGCUAGAGCACUAUUUUAACCAACUGUUAAUCCGAAGUUUUAUGUAAGCUUUUACUUAUUUGUACAAUGUUCCCUGUGAAAUGAUUUUGGAAUAAUUGUGUUAGAAGCAGUAUAAGUGUCUGUCUUGUUUUAAGGACAGCUAAAAUCCCGUUGUUCAGCAGCUCUUUGCAUUGUAUUGUAACUUAAAGUUGUCGGGUAGCUUUUGAAUUAUGAUGAGUAUUAAUCAAUUGAACAUCGAAACUAUGGUACAAUGUUUUGGUACAUGCAUUUAAUGACACCGCAAGUGUGGUACUUUUAUUUUGAAAAACAAAAAAGGUUUAAUGUAUGAAUACUGUUCGUGUUUUUUAUUUUCAUAUUAACAGAGACAAUGCUUUUUUUGCUGCAGAUAUCUACUUCACUGUUCUUAUGUCUCCUGAAAAAUGCUGUCAUCUGCUUCCACCCACAUUAAAACAUUACAGCAUUACAGUA